AUGCAGUCAAACUUCGAUUCUGGUGUUGUAGCUGGAGCAUCUGCCGCUGACAUCCAUGCUUCCAACUCUGGCGACCGCAUCAACGGCCAGAAUCCACCAGCAGCUGCUGGCAACGGCCAGGGUCGCGCGGAUGGUACGCUCAGUCCAGCAGGACAGGGGAGAGGCAGAAGAGGCAGGGUGGGGAGGAAAAGCACAGGAGGAGACAGCAGGGGUAGGGGUAGCCGAGGUAGCAGCAGGGAAGCGGAUACGGAUGGCAGAGGGAGGGGACGAGCAAGAGGGAGAGGGGCGGCACGAGGUGGGGCGAGAGGAAGGGCAAGAGGUGGGGCAAGAGGGGUAGACACAGGCGAAGGGGCAGAGGCGGAUGGAGUGACAGCAGCAGGAGCGGGGGCGAGAGGGGCAAGGGGGGGAGCACGAGGGGGAAGAGGAAGGGGGAGGGGAGCGGUAGUGCCUGCUCCGAUUCUAAGGGCGGAGAACUUUUCGAUAACUGUAACGGACGAAAUGAGGGAGGCUGCGAGAGAGGCUGUGCGGGCGAGGGGGUGGGGGAGGUUGCCGGGCAUGGAGAGCGAGCAGGAGCGGGCGCUAGGAGGGACAACCCCUGAGCUGCGAUACCUGCUGGAUAUGACUGUCGGCAGUGAGAUGGUGAAUCACAUGCCAGCAACGUGGGUGAAAUUCCUCACCAGCUUGCCUCUAGUGGAUGCAGACGCAUACCUGCGCUCGCUGCCCCCGCUGCUCCCCCACUCUGCUGCUCCUCAAGGAGUGGCAGCAGCACUUGCGGAUCCUGAAAGGAGAGCCUUUCUGGAAGUGCAUAUACAUCCACGCCAUGGGAUACAAUAUGUGGGCGUGGCACAGGACCCGGGGGGGUCAGCAGCGCACAGGGUGCUGACACACAUGCGGAUCAUGAAGGUGCUGUUCCUGCUGCCGCUGCACCCGCACAAGCGCAAGGCCAUGCGCUGGUGCCAGCGCGUGUGCCAGCACGGCAUCGUCGUGGGGCUCCGCCGCUUCAAGUACCUCGCACACAAGACAGACCGAGCCCCCAAGACAGCACACUUCCAUCCCAAGGCGUUCUUCCUUGCCCUCGACUCUGCCGCCUCCUGGGACCUGCAGCAGCCACACAUUUUUCACCCCUUUGCCUCUGCGUGGGAUGCACGGGCAGUGUUUGGAAACUUUGACAGCUGCCCGAAUGUGCCGAAGCUGGCCGCCCGCAUAGGUCUCAUCUUCUCGCGCACCUACCCAAUGCUUGACGCCUCUACCAUCUCCCCUGCAGUGCUCCAAAUCGCUGACGACGAAACAUGUGAGGACGGCACCAAUUCCACGGACGGCAAUGGCAUGAUACUGGCUGCUCUCGUUCCACCAAAGCACAUCUCCCGGGGAGAGGAGCUCUGGGCCGACCAGAAGCAGCUUGGAUCCAACCAAGCACAACAGCAGCAGGUGUUGGGGCAGACACAGCAGCGAUCACAAGUUAACUUGCAGCAGCAGCAGCAGCAGAGAGCUCAGGAGCAGGCCAGAGCAGCAGCGGUGAGGGCAGCAGCGGCACAAGAAUUGGAGGAUCCGGAGUGGGAGGAUGAAACGAGGGCAGCAGCAGCAGCAGUGAGGGCAGCAGCAGCACUUGAGCUGGAGGAGCCAGGCUCGGAUGAUGAGGUUCAAGCAGCAGCAGCGUCAGGCACAGCAGCAGCAGGAGCAGUAGCAGGACAAGGAGGAGCAGCAGCAGCAGCAACAGCAGGAGCAGGAGGAGGAACAGCGGAGGCGGCGGCGGCAGCAGUGGUGGCAGCAGCAGCACUUGAGCUGGAGGAGCCAGACGAAGAGGAGGAGGAGGAGGAUGGGGUGGAGUGGGAUGAGGACGAGGUUGACUGGGAUGCCAUGAACGUGGCUGUGACUCAGUUUGAACAGGAACGCGGGCUGCUGGGGGGAGGUGCUGCUGCUGCUGGCGAUGCGACAAUGGGGGGUGCAGAAGCGGGCGCAGAGGGGGGUGUGUAUCAAGGAAUUGGGGGGUCAGGCGGAGGGGAGGAAAGUGAUGGGUUGCUCUGGGACAGUGCUAGCCUGGUUGUGACACAGAUAGAGCAAGAGAGGGGACUGGUGCAAGGGGUUGGGGGUGGGGGAUGGGGAGCAGGAGCAGGAGCAGUAGGAGGAGGAGGGGGGGGAGGAGUAGGAGGAGGGGGAGGAGGAAGAGGAGAAGGGGGGGAAAUUGGGGGAGGAGCCGGUAGAAAUGCUGGAGGGGGGGUUCGGGGCGAGGGAGCGGGGGAGGCGGGGUAUGAAGGGGUGCGACCAGCUGUGUGGCAGAUGAGAGGGUUUUUGGGAGGCAUGGUGGUGAAGGGGACACUGCUGGUGGUCCAGCAGAUGCCAUCGUACGUCCGUCCCGGCGUGUGCAUUCUGCUCCGGAGCAGCAUGGUCAAAGUCGCCCCUCCUCUGCCGGACCCAGCAAGCAACCUCGCAGCCCUGUCCACACCCAUACUCCCGCCAUCACGCCACUCACAUCAGUCCCGCCAGUUGCACCAAACACAUCAGUCACAGCUGCAGCAGCCAGGCUCACAACCGCAGGUGCAACAGCAGCCGUCGCAGCCGCCAUGUCAACCCUCCGGGCCUCUCUUUUCCAUAGAAGUGAAUGAAACCACGUGA